CGCACACUGGAUCCUUGAGGGGAGGAACUGACCAUCCAUCAGUUAGCUAAAUUAUUUCCAAGCGUAGAACUCACUGUCACUUUUGUUUUUUCAUAUGUAUGUGUUUUAUUUUACAUGAAACGAGAUGUGGUUUAUUUAUUUACUAAGUUGGCUGUCGUUGGUGAUACAAAUAUCUUUCGUCACAUUAGCAAUUGCUGCUGGCCUGUAUUAUUUGGCAGAACUAAUAGAAGAAUACACAGUUGCCACUAGUCGAAUAAUAAAGUACAUGAUACUGUUCUCCACAGGCGUGCUGUCGGGGCUGUACCUGUUUGAAGGCUUCCCAUGGCUGAUGAUGGGCUGUGGUCUCUUCACCAACCUGGUGUACUUUGGCCUCCUGCAGACCUUCCCUUACAUACUGCUGAGCUCACCUAACUUCAUCCUCUCCUGUGUAUUGGUGGUGCUGAACCACUACAUGGCCUUCCAGUACUUUGCAGCAGAGUAUUACCCCUUCUCAGAGGUCCUUGCGUACUUCACCAUCUGUCUGUGGAUUAUCCCCUUCUCGUUCUUCGUGUCACUCUCUGCUGGGGAGAACGUGCUUCCAUCCACCAUGCAGCAAGGAGAUGACGUGGUCUCAAAUUACUUCACCAAGGGCAAGAGGGGCAAGCGGUCCGGAAUCCUGCUCAUCUUCUCAUUCCUCAAGGAGGCGGUGUUGCCUAGUCGACAGAAGAUGUACUAAUGCUCUACCUGGGGGUUUGGGUGGGGGGUACGACGGUAGAUUUGGGAAGGGACUAAAGGAGAGGUGGCGGAGGAGGGAAGAAAAGGAGGAGGAGGAGGAAGGAGAGUGCAUCGUAGCAGAGCAGAUGAGAGCUCCCACUAUUACUACGGACUAGCAGCAGUGCGUUUUACAGGACUGGUACAUCUCUCUUACUCUCUCUGUGUCCGAUAUAUAUAUAUAUAUAUAUUAGUACACUAUAUAGGGUAUCCAUGUCGGUCUGUGAACAACUGAAGACUUCUCCCUCCCUCUCUGGCUCCUGUUUUCCAGCUACAGUAAAAGCCUCUGUAGGCUCUACUCCAACACUCUUCUGUUCUGUUUUAUAAAGGUUUGUUAAGGAAACUACGUGCUGGUGUGAGUCGUCUGGGCCGUAUUCAUUAGUGCAAAAUGGAAACGAGCGUUUCUUAUUGGACAAGUUCAUGUUGUUCCCUCUCUGUUUAUAGUCAGUUUUCUUCUGUUUGGUGCCUAAUGAAUAACAGCUAAGUGGAGAAGUCAGGUUGGAAGGGAGAAUGAGAACAAGGUUGGCGUAAAACGAAGCCAGAUAGGAUCUCUUGAAUGAGUCCAAAUGGCACCCUAUUUCCUACAUGGGACUCAGGUCAAAAGUAGUGCACUAUGUAGGAAAUAGGGUACCAUUUGGGACGCAACCCUUAUCUUGUGUUGUGUGCUGGGCCGUUAACUCCCUGCAAGUAUGGGGUCGCCUAUAACCCAAUGUUUGUACGUGGACCCAUAGGAAUGCAUUUUUUUGUUUCUUCACUGUUCCCCAUUCAUUGACUUCAUCGUUAUAAAAUUACUUAUUCUCUUGAACUGUUUAAAAAGAAAAAAAGCUUAAAUAAUAUAAGUGAUUUUUUUGGGGGGGGGGAUAUCAAUUGAUAGAAAAAACUGAACAAACAAACAUUCCCACAAAUACUUGUGCAAUGAUUUCUGUAUGCCUGUUAUGGCUGAAUCUGGGUGUGUUUAGAGGAAGGAACUGAUAAUGUGAUUAUUAAAGAGGCAGUACAUGG